ACGACCCCCCGUGCUCCUCAGCGCGCAUGCGCAUCAAGAGCGACCGUGAGAAGAUGACGGUGAGGAGUGAGGCGAUGAGGUACUGGAGAUCCAUACACAACAAGUAUUCUUUGCUCAAUGGGUUCAACCGACAGCGUCGCAGUGCCAUGGUUAAGAAGCAGCGUCAGCGUAUCAAAGACAGGAACAACAUGUCCAUAUUCUUCGUGCUAGUGUUCAUGCUAGUGUUCGUGGUUAUCCUGGUGGCCGAGGUGUUCUUCAUCGACGAGCAUCGAACUGGGAUGCUCUUCACGGGCAAGCGGCCGUCCGAGUUCGACCCUAUCGGUGACAUUCCCGAUUACUUCAUGGACGAUAAAAAGCUGGUGGGUCAACUGGAGAUCGAUACUUACAGGAGGCAGGAACUCUCCGUCAAGGGCAAGACCGGGAACCAGGAGAGAUUUUACAGAAAAAACGUGGAUGAGACGCACCUUAUGGCCAGAGUGACGGGAAACCUUGUCAAGUCGGUGCACGGUAUUGCCAAAAUGGACUGGCUCAACAUGCUUGGCCUCAAGGAAAUUGCAUAUUUUGGCAGCAAUAGUUCUGCUACGGACGGUCAGUGGCAGCCUGUAUAUUACACUAAACACAAAUUCUUCGUAUACUCCGCUUACUAUGACGACCGCAAAGGCAAAAUCAUUAGAGUCAUUGGCGCCACUCAAACUAAGAAGAGUGACCGCGUCUGGUGUAAAUACUGGUACUCCAACUCCAGCACUCUAAUAGUUAAUGGAGCGAUUAAGAUUAUUAGGGAGAACUGGAAUCUCAAGUUCUCUGCCUGUUUCAUUGCCUGUCCGCUAAUUAUCUACAAAAACGGAAAGCAGCCAAUUCCACCCCCAGAGAGUGUUUCGAUCAUGGCCGAUCCAGGAGGCAAUGCUACCAAUAAAUUGCGGGUCAUGAAUCUUGAUGUCAAUAAAGAACAGGUGAAGAACAGCUUUGCUGUAUGCGUAAAGCCACUUCACUUUGACUAUAACAACGUUAAUCAGAUGAUUGAGUUCCUGGAGCUAAACAAAAUACUGGGAGUGGAACACUUUACCUUGUACAACCAUACGAUUGGCAAAGAUGUGGACUGCAUUCUGAGGCAGUAUGUUGAGCAAGGGCUAGUCAACAUACUUCCCUGGAAACUCGAUAUAAAGUCACAGAAAGAAAUCCGGACUGAAGGACUGUUUGCAGCCCUGAACGACUGUUUGUACCGCUAUAUGUACCAGUACAAAUACAUUUUGAUGGUUGAUCUGGACGAGUACAUUGUGCCGCACGCCAACACUAGCCUUCCACAACUACUCCGUUACUUGCAUACAAAGGCUGAUGGCAGGAAGAUCGGUGCAAUCAGUUUCCAGAACUCCUUCUUUUAUCUUCAGUGGCCUGAUGACCCCAGCAGCGCCUCCCUCCCUCCGCUGGUGACUCUGAGGAAGACCAGACGCCGUCAGAGGUUCCACCCACACAAGCAGAGGUCUAAGUACAUCGCUGUCACACCCUAUGUGGUGGAGGCCGGAAAUCACUUCGUAUGGGAGUUUCUGCCUGGGAAGGGAACGCUGAAUGUGCCCAACGAAGUAGCCUUCCUUCACCACUACCGAGUGUGUGAGUUCGGCGGUGAUGACUGCGUCAGGAACCCACGAAUCACCGACACUGCCAUGUACCGCUACAAAGACACGUUGGUAAAGGCCUACACCACCAACAUGAACCACCUCGCUCACGUCUGCACUCUAGAGACUUCUAGCAAAGAUAAAUCCGUUUGGACGCUGGGCUAAGUAAAUAUGUUGAUAGUAACUGGAGAGUGAGAGAGAGAGUGAGAGAGAGAGAGAGAGAGAGAGAGAGAGAGAGAGAGAGAGAGAGAGAGAGAGAGAGAGAGGUCUCUCAUGAUAUUAAGGUGUAAUCACAAAAGUGUAGGUGCUAAAAUGUUGUCGUAAUUCUAGGGUUUGGUAUUAGAGUAGUAGGUGCUAAUGUGUCAUCAUGGACAAUCUGAUGAUGAUAUUGUUUCUUGGUAGAACAUGUGGGUUAAAAUAUUGGGAAGAUAUUGAACAAAAUGGCUCUCUUGAACUAAUUUACUCGCUGGAGGUUCUGGAGCGCCAUUAUUUUUUGAGAGUGACGGCCACAAAACCUUAUUGUGAAUUCCUUCCAGCAAGAGGAAGAGAGAAUUGCUGGCGAGAGACUCAUCAGCCUCACGAAUGAUGGCACAACUACCCAGAGAAGAUCUGCUCACUCUGUGAGACACAUUCGCACAUAGGUUGCUGCUCUGAGCGGUUAGGUAUUUAGCUAGUAAAAGAUUGUUUUCUAACAGCUUGUUUGUUGUGUAGGCUUUACUAGUCUGCUGAUUUUAUUGCUUCUGCUGCGUGCAGAACAACGCAAGAUAAUCAACCAGCUUCCUCCUAAUUUAAAAAAAAAAAUAAGUAAAACAAGUAUUUGUGUUAUACGCUACUGAGAGUAUUUCUCUCUUAUCGCACACACGCACACGCCACGCACACACACGCACACGCACACACACGCACACGCACACGCACACA